AUGCUCGAUGGUGUCAUUUUAACGGACGACUAUUUCAAAAUCUUGUUCUCUCGAAAAUCACCAACCAUCCUUUCUGCUCUGUCCACAUCUUUUCAACAAAAACAACAAUCGGAAGAUGAAGGAAGUUUAUUAGGAUCUUUUUCAAAGCCAACAUCGUUUUCUCCAAAGAAGAGAUCAUCACUCAGUACAACGCUCAUGAUGGCUAAACGAUCGGGAACGAUAGCCAGUAGUAGUAGCAAUUUAGAGGGAUCACCUUCGUUAUCAUCAUCACUUUUAAACAAUGACUAUAAAAAUCAAAAUGUUGCUUGGGCAGAUACGAUUGUGGAUUACGUGAGAAGAGUGAACAAGGGAUCCAUUCCUCAGCCCGAUGGUUUCUUUAAAGUUUUUUCGUUCAUGAAUGAGAGAAUGAUUGUUUUUACGAGAAUUCAGUCUGUUCUCUUUUUUGUUGUUGGUGAUGAAGAUCUUGGAGAAUUAGCUCUACGAGAGGUUUGCAAGAAUGUGAUGGAAGGAUGUAAAACAGUGUGCCGAAAAACACCAGAAGAUCCCGAUACUGUACUGAAAAAUUAUGGAAAAAUUUGUACUUUAAUUGAUGACAUUUUGCAGGAGGAUGGACUUGGAAUGGGCUGUUUUAAUGGUGAAAUGGCUGAAGUGAAGAGAAUUGAGGAUUUGACAGAUUAA